CUCUGCAGCGAACACUUCGGCGCCCGGUGCUGGUGGCUUUGGCUCUGCAGCGAACACUUCGGCGCCCGGUGCUGGUGGCUUUGGCUCUGCAGCGAACACUUCGGCGCCCGGUGCUGGUGGCUUUGGCUCUGCAGCGAACACUUCGGCGCCCGGUGCUGGUGGCUUUGGCUCUGCAGCGAACACUUCGGCGCCCGGUGCUGGUGGCUUUGGCUCUGCAGCGAACACUUCGGCGCCCGGUGCUGGUGGCUUUGGCGCGAGGGGCGCCUCCGCUAGCGUUCCUACCAGUGGCGGGGCGGGUGCUUUUGCUGGUUUUGGGUCAUCAGCGGCGCAAACCGCAGGGAUCCCCACGAAUGCAUCUGCCGCUGCUAAUUCUUCCUCUACUGCCGCUGGCCCCUCCGGAUUCGGGUUCGGUGGAUCGACUGUAAAGGGGGAGAGUACCUCGAGCGGAUGCGCCGCACCCAGCCGAGCGGCGGGCACUGUGGGCAAUGCGGCUGCUGCUCUGACGAAGGAGGCUGCCGCGUGUGCGCGCAAGCCCGCUGCCGAGGAGCUGAAGGGAAAGUCGCUUUCCUCCAUCUUGGCCCAGUUUGAUAAGAAGUUUGCGAAGGAUUACCGCGAGUUUCAGAAGCUCUCGCAGCAUAUGCUCCUCCGUGACCGUCAAAUUAUUGAUCGUGGGAAUGAUAUCUUGGCCUACAUUUCCCAUUUGGACAGUGCCCUCAGCACCGCGGAGGCGUCGAAGCAAAAGUUGGCGGAGCUGAAGAGCAAACAAGCGGCCAUUGCCACGAUGAUGCAGCGUGUGGAGGAUUCCGUUCAGCCCGUUUACGCCAAGGUGCAGCCAAGCUUCACAAAGUUAGACGAACAACGUGAGGCGACCUACACGUCGGUGAUUAGCCUGUUUGACGAGGUAGAGGCGUUUAGGCUGCGGCUGUCGCAAAGCGUGGGCCAACACAAUCGUUCCCUCCGGCAGCUGCGGGAGUGCGAUGACCUGGAGAGAGUGGCGGGGCUCGUGGAUUGCCAACUGAGCGCGCUAGAACAGUGCUCCUUGAAGGCGGAAGAGCUAGAGUCAGAGAUUGACUUGCUUCUGGGAAAGGCUCCCUCUCUGUAG